AGUCUUUGACAAACCACCAAAACUGCCGUUCGAGCUCCCUCUAUAGAGUACACUAGUUGCAGAAUGUCGCAGAAUCAGGUUCCGCUGAAGAUGUCGACGCAUCAUCAGCUCACGUUCGCGGAGAACAUGGUAGCCGGCGGACUAGCGGGCGUGGCGGAGUGUUUGGUCAUGUAUCCGCUGGAUGUGGUCAAGACAGUACAGCAGCUGAAGGUGGGGAGGGGCGAAGGGACCGCCAACUUGCUGCUGAAUUUGAUCAGGAACGAGAAAUGGAGAGUAUAUCGAGGCAUAGCGGCGCCGUUGUGCAUGGAGGCGCCAAAGAGGGCAAUCAAAUUUUCUGCGAACGCCGUUUACAAGGGAAUGCUCGCCGACUCGAAUGGCAGGCUUCACCAAGUGAGUGCGGCCACGGCGGGGUGUCUCGCUGGCGUCACUGAGUCUUUGAUCGUGGUUCCUUUUGAGCUGGUGAAGAUUCGUAUGCAGGACAGAACGAGCGUAUCGAGAUACACCAAUACGAUCGAUGCAGUUUACAAAAUUGCGAAAAGCGAGGGUGCUCUGACCUUUUACAAAGGUCUAGAAAGCACCAUGUGGAGAAACGGCGUAUGGAAUGCCACCUAUUUUGGCCUGAUUCACUUCAUCAACCAUCACCAUCCUCCUCCUAAAAAGAAAAACGAUUGGAUGUUGUCCCUUCGUAAUUUUUGCAUUGGGUGUUUUGGGGGCACCGUCGCAGUCACCUUUAACACGCCAUUCGACGUUGUAAAAAGCCGGUUUCAAAACAGCUCAGGAGCCAUUCCUUGGACGUGGGUAUCAUUGAUACACUUGUCUAAAACGGAGGGAUUGCGCUCUCUGUGGAAGGGGUAUGUGCCCAAAGUCCUUCGUCUUGGCCCCGGAGGGGGGAUUCUCUUGUUGGUCCAACAGACAAUUGCGAACGCGUUUAUUUCUAAAAAACAUGCUCAGCAUUCGUGACGGUUACAAAAAACAUGAUUGACACAAUAGCGAGGAAAAAAA